GCUCGUUUAGAUGCACACAUUGAAUGAAAGUCAGGAGGCUGUGGCCACAGUGACUGACAAUAUCUGCACCGUCAGGUCGUAGCGCGGUUCAGAGCCGACAGCUGACCACUCACACUGUACCGGCGGGGAUAAGCUUACACGCUGGCACAAGCUCGGCUGAAAAGAUUGGUGAAAGGGGAAGAAGGACCGGGCUGUGUGCGUGCGUGUGUGUGAGUGAGUGAGUGAGGCAAUGCAGCGGGUCACUGCUCAGCUCGUCGCCGGGCUGGUCGCAGCGGUGCUGUCGCUGUGUUGGGCGGACGGCGGGGGCACCAGCCUCGCCGAACGCGUCAUCUGGGCUGUAAAUUCCGGAGGCGAAACACACGUAGACGUGCACGGGAUUCACUUCAAAAAGGACCCUUUAGAAGGGAAAGUUGGCAAAGCCUCCGAUUAUGGGGUGCGUCUGCCAAUUCUGCGCUCCAGUCCAGAAGACCAGAUCCUGUAUCAGACGGAGCGCUACAAUGAGGACACCUUUGGUUAUGAUGUUCCCAUUCGCGAGGAAGGAGACUAUAUACUGGUUAUCAAGUUUGCAGAAGUAUAUUUUGCCCAGUCACAGCAAAAGGUGUUUGACGUGCGUCUCAACGGCCAUGUGGUGGUGAAGGAUCUAGACAUCUUCGACAGAGUGGGUCACAGUACCGCUCAUGAUGAGAUCGUGCCUUUCUCUAUUCGACGUGGCAAGCUGAGUGUUCAAGGAGAGGUGUCCACUUUCAACGGCAAACUCACUGUGGAGUUUGUGAAGGGUUACUAUGACAACCCAAAGGUCUGUGCACUCUAUGUAAUGAAGGGGACGCUAGAAGAUGUACCAAAACUUCAGCCUCAUCCUGGCUUAGAAAAACCAGAGGAAGGGGAGGAGGAAGAAGAGGAGGAUAGCGAAGGCGGCGAGGAAGGUGGGAAGAAAAAGAUCCCACCGGGUUCUAAGUACAGGGUCCAGUCGGGCCCGCGAACACCAAACCCAUACGCAGCUGACAACAGCAGCCUAAUGUUUCCCAUCCUCGUGGCGUUUGGGGUGUUCAUUCCCACACUGUUCUGCCUCUGUCGGCUCUGAGCUACGUCUUAGCUGUCGAGGAGACGCCGGAGGACGGGACAGCCGCGAGACUAUGACUGGAGAAGAGAAGAGGGGUCAGGGUGACAGCAGCAGCACAGGUUUGGAGAAAACCACGACGACGGAAGGAACAGAGCGCGACAAUAACUUACAGAAGAAAAAAGAAAAAAAAAGCCACUUCAAGAUGACGUGAAACGGCGCCGGCGAACCGUGAAGGCGACGUAGGAAGUGUUUGGUGUGCGCUUCACAUCCAGCCACCUCCGCCGACCCUUUUUUUUGGAACAACAUUUCCACGUAGAGACCGGGGAAGCAUUUUUACAGAUGCUCGUCGUCGCGGUUUGAGACUUUAUCUCAGCAGCUAAAGGAUGCUCACUGGGCCCCGUUUUAUAAACUACCAGCAGUGGUUUUGUACUGGGUGUGCGUGGCGAAGGAAGCUCACUGUUUAACACUCCUCAGCAUCUGGUCAUCAAUGUCACCUUCAAAUUGGAAAUGGUGCUGCAUAGAGAAAAAAAAAAAAAAGAUAACAAAAAAAAGAAUAUAAGCCACAAAGUUACACCGUUGCAGUUUGUUUGUUUCUUUUUUUCUCAGCUUGUUGCAUUUUUGUGUUAGUCCACUCAGAUCUACUGUCGUCAUGAGUUUGCCAUAAAAUGUUGAAAGAAGAGCAAAAUGUAACGUUCAGCCCGCUCUGACGUGCGCUCGCCUUUACACAAACAAGGGGAUUUGGUACAUUUGUUACCAAGGGGCCAUAAAAAAGUGCUGUAAACUGUUCUGUUCUUUCCUCCUUUUUUUGUUUUUUUAAUUUUCAGACUUUUCAGGGUGUGAAUGUUGAACCAGUCACAGGCGCCAUACUUGCAUUUAGUGAGAGUCAAAUUUUAUGCUGUGAAAUAGAAACAUUUUAUGCGAGUCAUCAUGACGUUUGCUGUACCUUUUGCCCUUUUUUUUUUUUUCUACUCAUUCUUGAAUUAUGCAUGCCUGCCUUUUUGUUUCACCAAAGAAUGUCUUUUCUUUGUUUUUGUUUUAAAUUCUUUUGUUAUACGUUGGCUAGUUUUUAAUUUCACAAAUGGCCUGGAAAUUCAAAUGUGUAGCGGUUUGUGGUGAAACAUGACGUCGAUAACGGUUGAUUUAAACAUCAGUGACUGGACCUGAACUCAUUUUCUGUCCCUUUUUUUUCCUUAAGUGUUAAUAUGACUGGUGAGAAUCUGUGUGUGUGUGUGUGGGGAACACGUGUUUAUCCUCCUGCAGUGGAAGAUGACAAAGCACAACUUUAACAUUCGUUGGAAACCAGAUGUGUCCCGGAUUAUUCAUUUUUCCACAUUCUUCACAGAUGUUGAGUCAGGUUAAACUGUUAAUCGAUUUGGCAAAUUAAGGAUAAAUACAAUUUAUCUUUGAGGCUUUUUUUUCUCUACGUUAACUUGAAAAGCAGCUUUUGUUCACUUUUCUUUACGAAGAAUCGUGACGUGAACCCUCCUUUUUUUUUUUUAAACAUAUCGUGUUACUCCCCUUAAGUGCUCGGCUCGACAAACUGUGUAACUCUGCCCGGUUCACUAAUGCGUCUUAAAUGUCCGCACCUCUUCUCCCUGCCAUUGCUGUCGCUUUAUGUAUGAAUUGGGGAAAAAAGAAGGAAAAAAAAAAGGUUAAUAAUUUAGUUGCUGCUCCUCUUUCACUCCUCCAUUCUCCUUGUUUUUGAUCAAGUCAGUGCCAUAAAUUAUUGAGUCAGUUGUUGGUGUUUUAGGGGGAGUUUUAUUUGUAUUUUUCCUUGAUUAAAUUUUUAAUUUAAACUCAACUCGCUUUUUUUUUGUUCUAUCUGUAAAAAGGUGCGACAAGUUCUUUUGAGCCGGCACCAAAGUCACCGGGUUCUGUUCCUCAACGAGUCUACACAGCUGCGCGCGCCCGUGUGUGUGUGUAUAUAAAAGGUACAAAAUCCCACGUUUUAUUGUGUGACGACUGUUUUAAUCUCGUUGUCGUUUUCUUGUCGCAGCUGAGGUGUUUGUUUGUUUUUCUCUUUGGACUCAGUGGCCUUUUCUUUCCGAGGAGGGACACGGUCGUUGGUACGGAAUAUUAAGAAUUGAAACGGGCAAAUAAAUGAGAUUGUCUGGAAAUGAUGGGAUCUUCCAUACGAAUACAUAUGAUUUAAAUCAGUAGGGUGACCUGAGGGGGCUGAUCUGGAGAUAUUUUAUAUAGUACACUUGGAUUUGUAUGAAUUUUUCUUUCCUCAGGAUCUGUUUUUUUUUUUGAGUUUUUAAAACUUGAUAUUUUAUUGGUGUGACAUUUUGCACUGCUUCAUGUAUUUUUAAAAAUCAUCCUGUCAUUUUGUCGUGUGUGUGUCUUUGUUGCCUUGAAUUAUUGAAUACAACAUGCUUUACCAUCAUUUGCCUUGAGGUUGUUGUUGUUUUCUUUUUGAUUUUCUGGGGUUUUUUUUGAAGACACAAUUCAGGGGCCAGAUCUUCAUUCCUCACAGGCUGCUCUCGCUCAGAUUA